AAUGUUUCUCUUGUGGAGUGCAGCGAGGUGUGUCAUUUUCGUUGUCUCGGCUUCCUCUGCGGUCAAUUAAUGUGGUUUAGGAUGGAUUUGUGUGGAACCGUGGUUUGGAUGCAUUUAAAAAUGCAUGGUUAACGAUAGCGGUGUUGGAUUAGGUUCAAACCAGGUGACCACGAAGUCUGACCACGCAUAAUUGUGAACAAAAAAUAUGGGGAAUAUUUUCUCUUGUGGUGUGCAGCGAGAAAAUCGGUUCUAAGGAAUCAUCCUGGCGAAUUUAACGAGCUGCGUUUCCACGAUGAUGGAUGACGACGAGCAGGAGGAACUCCGAUGUACCGGAAGCGACGUGGAAAUCGAAGAAUAUACAGAUACCGAGGAAUCGCCAUAUGCCGCUUAUCAAUCGACUGAUAAGCUCUUCGACAUGGAUCAGCCAGGAUGGCAGAAAUUCUCCUUCCUGACCACUUUAAUUACCGUCAUUAUCUCUGUGACAACUCUGAUCAUCUGUUUCCCUCUGUAUCUGGAAAGCGUUAACACGGUUUCCAACGCUUACACCGGUCUGAUGUUCAUCGCGCUGUCAUCGACGUGUGCUUUGGGGUUGGUGUGUUUUGUUGGCGAUAGAGUGUCACCGACUCCACCUAUGGUCCCGAGUAGUAUGCGAGCGAAAGUACCACGUUGCAGUUUGAUAAAAUUGGGGAUCAUCUACGCCACUUCCGGGAUUUUUGUGACCUUAUCACUGGACCAGAACAGAGUGCUCUGCCAUCUACAAGACCCCAUCAAAGGCAUCACCCUGGUCUUCUCGCUGGUCUACUACUUCUUCUUCUGUCGAAAAAUUCUGACGUUUUUUGAUGCAGUGAUGAGCCUGCAACGCAUCUUCUCGAGCACGACCAUAAUCGUGGGUCUGUUUAUCAGCGUCGAUUAUGGCCUUUGCGACGAAUUUAGAUGUCGUGGAAGAGAAGUCUCAGGACACGCAGCAUCCCUUAUGGGAUCCUGGGGUAUCAGAGCAGUCUGGACCUUCGUUUAUGUCGGAGCUUUGGCGGCUUUUGCGAUGUUUUUCACCGUCCUAGAACGUCACUACACCACAGGGCAGCCGAACGUGUGUCAACUUUUGACGACACAGAACAACUCCUUCUUGUACACGGUGUCGAGACUCGUGUCAUCUCGCGACAUCAGACGAAGAGGCUCCGAGGAAGAAGGAGGCAGAUUGCUUCAUGUCACAGAUCCCGAUCCAACGAUAAAGCCGAAGAAUUUCCCAAAACCGCCGAUUUUGAAAACUCUGCUCUACGUCCACGCGAUCGCCUUCGUCGUCGUCCUGGCAUUCAGCUGGCUCGACACAUUGCCAGGAAUCGGCAGGGGUCUUUCUCCGGCCGAUUUGUACCGAACGGUGGAACAUGGCCUUCUGUGCCAUUUUAGAGGGAGUAGUUCUUGUUCGAGUAUCGCAAGCCAUGGAUGGACGUUUCUUCUCGCCUACGUAGUUUUUUCGAUAUCAGCCUUGAGUUUCUUGGUGAUGUCUGAGAGUGCGGUUUUCACGGUCGCAGCUACUACGGUUUCUCUGCCCUUGUCCGGAAUUUGGUGGAGCAUCUACAGGCUGGACCCUGGAACGAGUGGAGGCACGGUUUCAUGGUCACCUGGAGUCACGGGAGAACUGAUAUGCGCAUUGCUCGGUUUACCUGUGGUCCUCCUAGGCCUAGGGCUGCUGAUAAGAUCUCACUUUCGAGACAACCUAUUGUGUUGUCAAGACAUACAACCCCCCGACAUCCACCCAGAGCCUUGUCACAAAUGAACCGCCGAAUCGGGAAUCCCUGAAAUUGUCUUGUGACAAUUACUCCACACAACGAAUGAGGAAAGCUGGAAUGAUAAGAAAGAAAUCAGUGCUGGGCUCAAAAGGGUACGUACAAUUAAGGUGAAGUACGGGUGGUAAGUUGUUAAAAAAAGAAAAGGGAGGAACAGAGAGAGAGAUGCUUGAAAAAUGUUUCCUAUAAAUUACCAGACAGGACGUCCAUCAAGUCACGUUAUUGCCAAUUUAUAUUUUAUUUUGAUAACGAGAUGAUAUUUCAUAUUUUCGAUGACCGUUGAGUAGCUACUUCGAUAGCGGGUCAGGGCUCGGUGUACUUCAAUGUAUAGCAAGAAGUAUCAACAUUUUUUCGAAAAUCAUUUCGAAGAGCGAUUGCGAGGAACUCGCGAUUAAGUCGAGGUAGGUUUGUCGUACUUACUGUAAUUAUAAGGUCUAAGGGUAUUUAUUGUUGCGGUCCUGAGAGGACCUUUCGCACUAAGUUACGUGUUUCUGAACGUAUAUUCUAACGUGUCCUCCAAAGAAAUUAGUGUAAUCGUAUGUGUAACUCUGUGCGAAGUACUGUUAGCGCAUGAACUAUUUUAAAAGGGUUAACGUCGUAAUCGGUAAUGAGUGGAGUAACGAGACGCAACCGCGUCUCUUGACUUGUACGCACAGAAAAAAUAUUUGGUUCGAUGAUUUAAUUCAACCAAGAUCUUUUAAUUAGUCGAAAGAAACGAGUUUGGUCGAGUGAACUGAAAUUCGAUUCCCUCCACCGAAACGUUUUCUGAAAUUAACCAAACGAAGUCAAUCGGACGAAUUUGACAAGUGAAUCAAAUGUUUUUUCUGCGUGCAGGAUUACUUUCUUGCUCGGAAUUCCCGAGAGUAUACAACGAGGCUUUACCUUAUCGUCGCAAGUUUUUUUCCUCGAAGUUUGGUUGAAUUGUCAUAAUUUAAUUUUCACUUUGGGAGGCGCAACUAACACCGAAGAAUUAGACAUUUCUUUUCUGUAAUCGGUCUCCAUGUCUUUUUGUCAGCUCGCGUAAUAUUAAAGUUAAUCUCCUUGCCCGCAAAAAAUUGUGUUAAAAAUAAAUGGGAGCGACGAAACGAAAUUUGGGGUCCGAUGACGGAAGAGAACUGAUUACGACUCUUAUCUGCCGGGAAUUUCACUAUUACCGCGUCUAAGUAGUUUUUGUACCCAUUUUAUUCCUUACCUACGAAGUACUCGUAGCUUGAGAACUCUUUUCUUCCUUACUUUCGGCGUCGAAAGUCCAGUUGGACUUUUGCAAGAGCAACUCCAAGUCGAGAUUAGAGAGCUGUAAGAUAUUUAAAGGUUUUGCUAAUUUCUAGGUGGCCUUCCUUAUUUUUGAAGGUUCUCGCACGCUUAUUUCGAGCACGUAGGUCGAGCGUAACUAAGCAACUAUUUAGUCGUGUAAGUGUACCUUAAGCAACUAAGCAAAGAGUUAUUACAUGUUGGAU